AUUUGAACAUCACAUGCCCACAGCAGAUACUGCCCUCUUCCUAACCAACUGUGCGCACAGUCGGAAGCUAAAAUGGAGCCAAGUCGAGAAGAAGGUUCAGCCAAGAUGAAAAGAGAAGAGUUGGAAGGGAAAUGGCGGCUCUACGAGGCCUACAAUGAGCUUCAUGGCUUGGCACAGGAGUUCGACACGCCGUUCGAUGCGCCGGCUGUGCUGGUGGUGGGCCACCAGACCGACGGCAAGAGCGCCCUCGUUGAAGCCUUAAUGGGCUUCCAAUUCAACCACGUCGGCGGCGGCACCAAGACUCGCAGACCCAUAACUCUACACAUGAAGUACAACCCCGACUGCGACUCCCCUCUCUGCCAUCUCUUGUCCGAUUCUGACCCAUCUGUUUCCCACGAAAGAUCUCUACAACAAAUUCAGGCGUUUAUAGAAGCUGAAAACAUGAGGUUGGAGAAGGAGCCAUGCCAGUUUUCUGCAAAGGAAAUAAUAAUCAGAAUAGAAUACAAAUAUUGUCCAAACCUAACAAUUAUAGACACUCCUGGACUUGUUGCGCCUGCCCCAAGCAGAAAGAACCGGGCUUUCCAGGCUCAAGCUCGUGCAGUGGAAUCUCUGGUGAGAGCUAAAAUGCAGCAUAAGGAAUUUAUCAUAUUAUGCCUUGAAGAUUGCAACGAUUGGAGCAAUGCUACUACACGAAGGGUCGUUAUGCAGAUUGACCCUGAGCUGUCAAGAACAGUCGUUGUUGCAACCAAACUUGACACGAAAAUUCCUCAGUUUGCACGGUCUUCAGAUGUGGAAGUUUUUCUCUCUCCUCCCGCUUCUACACUUGAUGGCUUCAUGCUAGGCGGUUCUCCAUUUUUCACAUCUGUGCCUUCCGGUAGAGUUGGUUCUGGACCUGAAUCAGUUUACAGAUCUAACGACGAUUUCAAACAGGCUAUUUCAUCAAGGGAAAUUGAAGAUAUUGCAGCUCUGGAGGAGAAGCUUGGCAGAGCUCUUUCAGGACAGGAAAGAAUCAGAAUAGGUGUUAGCAGUCUUAGGCUGUUUUUGGAAGAAUUGCUUCUUAAAAGGUAUAUGGAUAGUGUGCCAUCUAUCAUUCCACUCCUUGAAAAGGAGUACCGAAGCAGUACGAGGAAGCUAAAUGAAAUUAAUCACGAACUCAGCUCGUUGGACGAAGUGAAACUCAAGGAGAAAGGCAGAGUCUUUCAUGAUCUCUUUCUAACCAAGUUAUCACUGUUAUUGAAAGGGACAGUUGUUGCACCACCUGAUAAAUUUGGAGAAUCUCUACAAGAUGAAAGGAUCAAUGGAGGAGCGUUUGUUGGAUGUGAUGGUCUUCAGCUCCCACAAAAGUUAAUACCUAAUGCUGUGAUGCGUCUUUAUGGCGGCGCUCAAUAUCAUCGUGCAAUGGCUGAGUUCCGGUUUGUUGUUGGAGGAGUCAAGUGCCCUCCUAUAACACGUGAAGAAAUUGUGAAUGCUUGUGGAGUUGAAGACAUCCAUGAUGGAACUAACUAUUCCAGGACUGCAUGUGUUAUCGCCGUUGCAAAGGCCCGUGAUACGUUUGAACCCUUUCUCCAUCAGUUGGGGUGUAGACUAUUGCACAUUCUGAAGAGAUUACUACCAAUUGCUGUUUAUCUGCUACAGAAAGACGGUGAAUAUCUUAGUGGUCAUGAUGUAUUUCUUAGGAGAGUUGCUUCUGCCUUCAACAACUUUGCAGAAUCUACUGAAAGAUCAUGCCAUGAAAAAUGCAUGGAGGAUUUAGUUAGCACCACUCGUUAUGUGACAUGGUCACUCCACAAUAAGAACCGAGCUGGAUUACGCCAGUUCCUAGAUUCAUUUGGUGGGUCAGAGCAUUCUUCUAUGAAUGGCAGUUCUGCUUCAGCUGGUCAAGAGUUGUCAACCGAAUAUGUAAAUGGUGAAACCAAACCCAGGACGGAUGUAAAGGUUACAUCAAAGAAUAAUGAGUUAAGUAUGAGCUGCCAGACAUCAGAAACCAGACUAGCUGACCUCUUAGAUAGCACUCUAUGGAACAGAAGGCUUGCUCCUUCUUCCGAAAGGAUUGUUUAUGCAUUGGUUCAACAAAUAUUUCAUGGCAUAAGAGAAUAUUUCUUGGCUUCAACAGAAUUAAAGUUCAACUGUUUUCUCCUCAUGCCGGUUGUGGACAAGUUGCCUGCCCUCCUUCGCAAAGACUUGGAAUCUGCAUUCGAAGAUGAUUUGGACAAUGUUUUCAACAUCACCAACCUGCAGCAUUCAUUUGGACAGCAGAAACGCGAAACUGAGAUUGAGUUGAAAAGAAUACAAAAACUUAAAGAGAAGUUCAGGUGCAUUCAUGAACAACUUAAUUCCCACAAGAUUUAAGUUUUGGCAAGUAGUGAUCUUAGUUGGUACUGAAAGAGAGAAGUCAGGUUUGCUAUUCUGUAAUUUUCAAGCUUGAGUUUGAUUGCUUUCUCGCCAACCCCAUUUUGAGGAAAAUAUUUUUGAGAAAUAAAUCAAAGUAAAAAAACAUAAAACCCCCUGAAAGAAAAUAAAAAUGGAUAAAACAUCUGAUCAGAAGAAAUCUUGAGAUCAUGCAACUAAUAAAACGUUCUGAACCAAGAGUGGUGCUUAUUAAUCAACAACCAGAAGAAGAGAUGGCUGCAGGAAACCCAUUAUGCAGAAACAACUGAGAAGUGAGAAGUCUUGUUUUCAAGAGUUUAAUUGUUCUCAUUUUAAGAGGGAGAGGAGACUUGAGUCAAGGAGAGACUGAAUUUGCACUAUGAAGGAGAUGAAAGGAGAAGAUCAAACAAGCUGAGCUGAGCUCAAAUUUGGUCUGGUCGAGCUGGAUGAGAAUGCAUUGGCUUGAACUCGAAUGAGCUUAAUAAAUAGAUUAAUCUCACCACUAAUUUUGCUCAUAAACUUUUAUAUUUUUCAGGAUAUAAUAAGUUACUUGAGCUCCAAUCUGAACUGAUUUGUAUUUUCUAAUUUUAAAAUUAUCCAUAUUAUAUUUAAUUAUUUAUACAUACAAAUAAGCGUACCCACCUCAUAAGCAUAACACAACCAAUCAACUAAGGGUCCAAAAUAAAAAAUAAACUGGAAGAUAACAAUACUAAAAUGCAAACUAAACGAGCCUGUCACAGUGUCACCGCUUACCAAGCUCCAUUAUUCUUGAUCUCUUCUAACCAAGGUCUUCCACAAAGAGCCAAGGCUCUAGCUCGUCAUUCCAUGGCGGUGGUUCAGGAGGAGGCCGAACCAUCAAGACUAGGCUUGGACUCGGUGCGGGCCACCCGGCCCGGUGCUGUGUG